UUAUUAAUUUUCCAUAAUGAAUUUGUUUCUAAUGAUUAUUUGUAUAUUAAUUUUUCUUGUAUUUUUGUAUUACCUUUUACGGUUUUAGUUGUUGCGAAAUUUUUUUUUAGAUUAUAGUUGUUUUUUGUUAUCUUUUACUUUGAAACAAAUAUUUCAAGGCGGGCGGUGUGUUUAGGCCUACACAAAAAGUGUAUCUAUUGUUGUUUUAUCUUAUCGUUGUUCGGCGGCUGCAUAGUCGUCCGGGUUUAAAAUCAGUUAGUCUACCUUUGUAAAGCGCACCGCUCGCGUACAUAUAAUAAACGCAUAUUUAUAUUUUUCAUUCUUUUACGUUUCAUUUAAUUUAUCGAAGAUCUUUUAGUCGUAAGAGAUCGCCCGAAACACCAACAAUGCCUAUAGGAACUUAUAAAUUAACAACAGUCACAUAUGGUAUGAGUCCUUCGUCGUUUUUAGCAACUGCUUGUUUACGUACUUUAGCUAGUCAGGAAGAAAAUUAUUAUCCAUCAGCUUGUUCUGAAAUAAAAAAUAAUUUUUACAUGGACGACUAUUUAGGAGGCACAGACACUAUCGAAUCAACUGUUCAGUUACGCGACGAUCUUAUCUGUAUAUUUCAAUGAGCCGGUGUGUCGCUGUGUAAGUGGUUAUCUAAUAAAAACACAGUUGUAGACGACACGGUUGAAAAUAAAAAUAACGAACGUGCAUUUGAAUUAACGAUAACAAAAAUACUUGGUCUAACGUGGGACCCCGCUAAUGAUAUGCUUAUAUUUUAAAUAAAUUUAAAUAUUUACCCGGAAAGUGAUUUAACUAAAAGGAAAAUAUUAUCUGAGGUAGCCAGUAUUUAUGAUCCGCUUGGUCUUUUAGGAUCUGUAAUAAUAAGAGCCAAACUCUUCAUUCAAAGUUUAUGGAACAUAAAAUUAACGUGGGAUGAAGUAUUAGCUGAUAAUAUAAGUGAAAACUGGUUAAAUUAUCGCGAGAGCUUGUUAACUUUGAAUAAUUUAAAAGUGUCACCAAAAAAUAACGUGUGAAAAAGAUAUUUCGUCAAUAGAAAUACACGGUUUUUCGGACGCAUCAGAAAAGGCAUAUGGUGGAUGUAUAUACUUACGAUGCACCGAUAUAGAUGGUAAACAUAGUUUAAGGCUUAUUUGUGGGAAAUCAAAAGUAGCUCCAUUAAAGGUAAUUUCUAUACCCAGAUUAGAACUAUACGCAGCGUUAUUACUCGCACGGUUAUCUUAUAAUGUUAUGGAAAAGUUAAAAUUAAAUAUUAUAAAAAAGUACUUUUGGACGGACUCAAAUAUAGUUUUGGCGUGGAUAUCUUCUCCAUCCACAAGUUGGAAGACAUUCGUUGCUCACCGAGUUGGUGAAAUUCAGAAUUUAUCUUGUCCAUCAGAAUGGGCUCAUGUACGGUCUCAGGAUAAUCCAGCCGACAUGCUUUCUAGAGGAUGUGAAGCGAAGUUGAUGAAUGAGAUGCAGUUAUGGUGGCAAGGACCGUCUUGGUUGAGUAGGGAUAAAACGGAAUGAACAAGUCAAAAUAAUGGAGUAUUAGAAAUUUCAAGCAAUAUGUUGGAAAGAAAAAGUACAACUAAAUUUAUUGGUAAUGUAAUAGAAGAAGCUAAUUUGUUAGACAAAUUUUCAUCUUUAAAUAAAAUUUUACGUAUUAUGACUUAUUGUUUAAGAUUUAUAGAUAUUAAAGUAAAUAAAACAUUGUUUAAAACAAGUGUUAUAAAUGCAGAUGAUUUAAAUAGGACAAAUAUUAAUUUAAUACGUAUUGUGCAAAAUAAUUAUUUUGCCAAAGAAAUUAGUUGUUUGAUAAACGGUAAAGAGGUGUCAAAGAAAAGUAAAUUGUUACGAUUAAGACCGUUUUUAGACGAUAAACAUUUAAUUAGAUUUGGUGGUAGACUGAAAAAUGCAUUGUCUAUUGAUGAAUGUCAACGUCAUCCUAUAGUGUUACUUGGUGAUAAGUGUAAAUACGCGCGUUUAUUAUUUCUACGCGAACAUGAACGUCUAAUGAACGGCGGCCCGCAGGCGAUGUUAUCUACUGUUAGAUUAAAUUAUUGGCCAUUGAACGCACGUAGGACAGCAAAAGGCGUAUUGCAUCAUUGUAUUAAAUGUUUCCGAUAUAGACCGGUUGUAAUACAACGCAUUAUGGGCCUUCUACCUAUUAGUCGUUUUAAACAGGGAAGAGCCUUUUUAAUAAGUGGUUGUGAUUUUGCCGGACAGCUGAUGAUAAAGGACAGUCUUAGAAAAAGGACAUGUAUAUUAAAAUGUUACGCUUGUAUAUUUAUUUGUUUUUCAACAAAAGCAGUUCAUAUUGAAUUAGUGUCUGACUUGAGCACGAAGUCAUUUUUAAAUGCAUUAGAUAGAUUUUUUAAUAGACGAGGGAUUGCAAAAAUCUUAUACAGCGAUAAUGCUACAAAUUUCGUAGGAGCUAAUAAAUAUUUAAAAGAAGUUUACGAUUUAUUUCAAUCUGAAGAGUACGAAAAUCAGCUGAUUAAGAAUGUUGCGGAAAAAGGCGUGGAAUGGCGAUUAAUUCCUGCGCGCUCGCCUCAUUUUGGGGGUUUGUGAAGUCAAUGAAAACUAUAAUUUUUAAGGUGUUAGGGGAGGCAUUUUGAACAUACGAGGAAUUAAAUACUAUUUUAAUAAGGGCAGAAGCUUGCUUAAAUUCUCGACCAUUGACUACUCUUUCCCCGGAUCCAUUUGAUCCACUAUUCCUUACACCAUCACAUUUUUUAAUUGGAGAGUCGCUUAUGUCUGUGUCAGAAGAGGACGAAACCGGUGUUAAAACCAAUCGGUUGGAUCGAUGGUUGGGUUGAGUUGUGCGACAUUUUUCCCAAAUGUUGUGGAAAAGAUGGAGACACGGAUAUUUAGCUCAAUUACAGGAACGGGUGAAGUGGUUCACUGCCAAGGGUCCUAAUAUUAACGUUGGCACUAUAGUUUUGUUACGCGAUUAAAAUGUAGCGUCAUUGAAUAGGAAGUUGGGUCGCGUACUAGCGGUACAGUAUGGUAAAGAUGAUGUUAUACAUUCUGCGACAAUUAAGACUACAAACGGUGAAAGCAAUAGAGCGGUAAGACAAUUAUGUCCGUUACCUUUUGAGGACAACCAAACAAUGAGUUAAAUUGCUUCAAUGAUUCAUAUAGUUAAAACUAAAUAUUUUUUGAUUAUUUAUUUGUUAAUUUAUUUAUAUUUAUUUUGUGUAGAUAAAUUAUGAGAGUCCCAAUGUGUGUUUUUUAAAUAAUUAUUGUCGAAUACUAAUUGUUAAAUCUAUUUAAUAAGUCUUAUUCCUUUGGUUUAUUUGUAGUAUUUUAUUUUAUUUUUUUGUUUUUGUUCAUUUGAUUUAUUUAAUAAUCAUUAAUUUAAAACAGUGUUUUAAGGCGCCCGCUAUGUUAGGUCCGACUAGAGUUAUCAACAUGUACGUAAACGGUCGUUGACCACCACUUUUAAUUCAGUCAGUCGGCGACGUGAUUUCUUAGCAUAGAGUUGUAAUUUAAACGAAUAAAAAUUGAUAUAUUAACGUUCAUAGAGUUACUUAAAAUUUAAAAAUAAUAAAACCCCAAAAAUCUGUUCAACUAGAAAAAUGACAUACAGUCCACAACACUGGGCAUCACUCAUUUUGAUUUGAAAUUGAUAUUUAUUCUUAAAUAAAUGAAUUAACAAUAAUGAUAAGUGUUCGGUUUAUAUAUUGUAUUGUUGAUAAGGCGCUGUAAAACGUAUUAUUAUAUUUGGUUUUCAGUCAGUUUUCAUUUUUCUAUCGUUCGAUCGUCACUGCACUGUGGUAAAAAUUGUAAAUAAUCAUUAUAUUUUAAUAAAAGACACCUUUAUAUAAGGUUUAAACAAUUAUCGUCGUUCGUCCAAAAUUUUUUAUAUUUUUCUUAUACAGUCCAUAUCGAAGUCAAAACAUUGGUCCAUUUCGUUCCGGAUAAGCGUUAUUAAAAUAUAAUCGUUUGCGUAUUGUUUUAUUUCGUUUGCAUCGUUUUUUCGUGUUCUACAUCGUUUAUAUCGUUAAAGUACUCUGUGUACCGGUGACAAAACAAUCGUUUUGAUUAAUUAUAUAUAAUCAAAGUAACUAAUCGUUAAGUGUUUAAUUUAGUUUUUCUUUGGAAAGUGUUUAAUUAUUAAUCAAGUUAUCUCCAAACGCAAUUAUUAAUUAGUUUAAUUAAGUUUAAUUACUUAGUCUUAGUGAAGAAUUUAUCAAAAUACAUCGGUAAGAGAAUCAUAUUCGUAAUUUACGCUUAUAUAUAUAUAUAAAAAAAAAAAAAGUUAAGUCGAUAAUUUUAUCUUGGGUAAAUCAAUUUUCCCACCGUCAAGAAAUUUGCAAGUUAUAUAUAUAUAUAUAUAACAAUAGGGCGAUCGUAUAAUCCCAACCGUUAGAAUUACCUAUACCAUUGAUACGCUAAAAGUAGCUCGUGCAGCGCUCAAAGGUCAGCUAACACGCACAAUUAAUAUUAUCAAAUUAGCACCAGAGAAACUGGAUGUUAAUCAGCUGUCCGUUCGCGCAUAAAGGGCUGAAGGUGCAUGGUGUGAGUUUAAUAAACUGCAAUUGGACAUAGAAAUCGCGCUUCCAGAAAGCUCGGACGAUAAUGAAAAAUAUCGUUCAGAAUUUGAGGAACUUUAUUAUGAGGCAGUUUCCGGGUGUGAAAAGCUUAUUAAUAAAUUGAAUGGAAAUUUUAACACAGAUAAUACUGUAGAGAUUAGACCGUCGGAUGUCAAUGGUGAAAAUAGCGCUACCGCGAGUAGUAUAUCAAUUGUUUCGAAUCGCAAAAAUCAAGGGGUGCAUUCGUUUGCAAAAUUAGCUCCGAUUAACUUACCAUCUUUUUCCGGAGAUUACGCAGAUUGGUCGUCAUUUCAUGAUAUGUACGUAGCAAUUAUACACUCAAAUUCAUGGCUUUCAAAAGAGCAAAAAUUUUUCUAUUUGAAAUCGUCACUAUGUGGUAAUGCCGCAAACGUAAUAAAAUCGGUUGAAAUAACUGAGGUAAAUUAUGAUUAUGCUUGGUCAACAUUAAUAAAUCGAUACAACAAUAAAAAAAUGUUAGUUCAAGCACAUACAAAAGCGAUUUUCGAUAUUCAACCAAUGAUAAAAGAAUCCUCUUUUAAAUUAAGAUAUUUAAUUGAUAAUUUAAUAAAUAAUAUGAACGCAUUAGAAGCUCUCGGUCAAGACCCUAAUUUAUGGGGUUCAUUAUUAGUUCAUUUGAUAACGUCAAAACUUGAUCCAAAGACAUUAAAAGAAUGGGAAACCAAAGCUCCCAAAACGGUUGUACCUUCC